AUGUCCAAACAUCAAGCACAGGUCGUUGGCGACUUUACGAUUGGUCCUGAAAUUGGUCGGGGCUCCUUUGCCAAUGUCUACAAGGGCUACGACAACCGGACAAAAGCCCCCGUUGCGGUCAAGUCUGUGUUUAGGAGCCGUCUAAAGAACCAAAAGCUCGUGGAGAAUUUGGAGAUCGAGAUCUCCAUCCUCAAGAACUUGAAAAACCCUCACAUUGUGGCCUUAUUGGACUGCGUCAAGACAGACCAGUACUUUCAUCUAUUUAUGGAGUACUGCUCGCUGGGGGACUUGUCAUACUUUAUCCGCCGGAGGGACCAGCUGGUGCAGACACAUCCGCUGAUCAGCUCAAUUCUGGAGAGGUACCCUUCCCCUCCCAACAGCCACGGUCUGAAUAAGGUUCUGGUGGUGAACUUCCUCAAGCAGCUGGCCUCUGCACUGGAGUUUCUCAGGGACCAAAAUCUGGUGCACAGAGACAUCAAGCCGCAGAACUUACUACUAUCGCCGCCGGUGCAUUCCAAGGAGGAGUUUAAGAGAAAAGGCUACUCUGGGUUGUGGGAGCUUCCCGUCCUGAAAAUCGCGGAUUUUGGGUUUGCUCGGUUCUUGCCAUCAACGUCUAUGGCUGAGACCCUGUGUGGCUCGCCAUUGUACAUGGCUCCUGAAAUUCUGCGGUACGAGAAGUACAACGCGAAGGCGGAUCUCUGGUCUGUCGGAGCGGUGAUCUACGAAAUGUCCGUUGGCAAACCACCUUUCAGGGCGUCAAAUCACGUGGAAUUGCUUAGGAAGAUCGAAAAAUCAAAAGACGAAAUCACUUUCCCAGUAUCGGCAGAGGUCCCUGAUGACCUUGUGAGGCUCAUUUGCGGCCUUCUGAAGGCCAAUCCAACGGAGAGAAUGGGCUUCCAGGAGUUCUUCAACGACCCGCUGAUUGUAUAUGACGUUCAAUGCGCAGACGAGCCUUUGGAGUGCUCAAACGUGGACGAGCAGUUGUUCAUCAGCGAGUACCUGCCUAAUCCGAAGAACUCACCUCCUGCAAAGCCUGCCCCGGAAACAAUAAAGGAGGAGUCGGAGGAAGAAGAGAGAGCCGAAAAGGCCCCUACAGAUUCGCUUCUAAUUGGUAAGGCGGCUGACCUGAGAAUACCUAGACCGAUGGAAGGCUCUGGCAAGGACGAGGUGAUCAAAAAGCUUAUCAACAAGAGCAGCCCGCCUCCAGAUACUGUCAAGGACGGACAGAUCAAAAAAGGUGCAAGAAGAGACAAGGACGAUUUUGUUUACGAAAAGGAUUACGUUGUCGUGGAGAAACGCACUGUGGAAGUGAACGCCAUUGCCGACGAGCUCGCAAAAGCUGGCGCAGGCGCAGUUGCCAUUCCAUCGCCUCAUUCGGGAACCAACGAACACAGCACGGCUAAUCCACCAGGUCCAACGGAAACGCAGAACCAGCGCCGUUUCUCUCCCUCGAGUCGCACAUCUUCAAUGGGAUCGAACAGAAGACCUAGCUGGGGUGACCGUAAGAUGCCUAUAUCCAUCAGUCCUACCAAUGCCUUAACGAAAGCCUUGGGCUACACUUCGAACAGGCUAUUUGGACAACAACAGCAACAACAACCUCAACAAUCACAACAAGCCGCUAUCGAAUCCGCAAUAACGAAUGUGACUACAAACCUUCUGGCUACCAAGACACUCAGGCCUCUGAAGCCAAGCCAAGAGACCUCCCUUGAAGACACAGAAGUAAUCAAUCAGUUGGAACUUUUGGCUACCAUGGCACAUGCCAUCUCUCUGUUUGCAGAAGUGAAAUUCAGCCAACUCAUUCCGUUGCCACCAUCAUCUUCGUCGCCAGGAUCGGCAGACUACGACGAGAUGUAUCAAAACGACGCGUUCCCGCCACAAAUGGUGAAGUCGAUCAGUAGCGAAGGUGUGGCUUUGUAUGUUGAGACUUUGUCUCUUCUGGCCAAAGCUAUGUCUAUUGCUAGUGACUGGUGGCAUCAGAACUCGUCGAAACCGUCUACCUCUCCAAAACUCAACGACCUGGUUCAGUGGAUACGGUCGCGGUUCAAUGAGUCGCUUGAAAAGGCUGAGUUUCUUCGAUUGAGGCUGGCUGAAGCGAACGAGCAGCUCGUCGGCGAGUCUGGCUCAAGCCUGAACAAGCCGGUGGUUGCAGAGAAGCUGAUUUUUGAUCGAGCUCUGGAAAUGAGCCGCACCGCGGCGAUGAACGAACUCAAGAAUGAGGAUCUGCUGGGCUGUGAGCUCAGCUACUCGACAGCAAUCUGGAUGCUUGAGGCGUUGCUGAGCAACGACGAGGAGCCGGUCACGGGCAACGAGAAGCUCGAUGCGGAGGACAAGAAGAUCAUCGAGCUGUUCAUCAACAGCAUUGGCAAUAGAUUGAAGGUUUUGCGGCAGAAGAUCGAUAAACAGGGAGUAAGAAGUUAG